AUGUCUUCUGUUAAUCUUGUUAAUCUGAACGGAAAACGACGUCGCAUCGAAGGUGCCGCUUCUACGCUCUCGAAGCCGUUCAAGUCACCUCUCCGCAAGCCAGUGCAGGGCACUGUGGACAAGGAAAAGGCAUUCAACAAUUCUUCCAUCAAGACCGAGGCUGGAGGCCCAGAACCGCAAGAUGUCGAUGGCAAAGAUGCACAGGAACAUCUUAUGCCGCGGACUUCCAUCUCAUCUAAACCAACUUCUCUUACAUGCUCAUCUCCCGCCUCGCCAGUUCCAAGUUUGCAAAAUCGAAAACGAAAACCUGGUACAAAUCAGAUAACUCCGUCGAAGAAGAGCAUAUUAGCAGAUCCUGUCAUCUCAGAGCUUCAGAAGGAAGAAAGAGCCCUACAAUCCAGACUGUCUGCUCUCCGCUCUGAACUCGAUACAGUGCAGCAAGCUCUUCGAAUUGAAUCAUCGUCGAAAGAUGCCGAGCUCGAAGCUCUGAUCCUCAAAUGGAAGACUGUAAGCCAGGAAGCUGCGGAAGAGGUUUUCGAAGGAGCUCGAGAGCGGGUCUCUCGGAUGGGGGGUAUGAAGGCUUGGAGAGAGCGGAUGCAGAGCGACAGCGCCAGGUGGGAACAGGAGGAAAUGAACUCGUGGUAUGGCAAUGCCAAAGCGGAGGGAAUUGAGAUUGACGAAGAGGAACUGGAGCAGCGGAAAGCUGAGCUCCUUGAUGAAGUUGAGAUGCCUCGGAAGGAACAGGAGGUGGGUACUGGGAGGGAGACAGCUGAAGAUGAGGAAUUUACAAUGGAAAUUAUGCUGAAGACGCUGAAUAUCGACCUGAAGAUGAUCGGAUAUGAUAAGUCGACUCAACGAUGGAUUAAAUGA